GGCAGGGGAGACGGGCUCGUGUCAAACGGGAGAUCGCAGGGCGGCGCGAGCGAGAGGAGACGGGCUCGGUAACGGUCGCCACCGCCUCCCGGGGAAUGAGGUGUGAUGUCAUGAAUCCUACUGUAUGGAUGUGCUAUCAGUGCUGAUGGCACCAUUGAUCCAAUAUGAAUGUGCAUGACAUUGGAGGAAGACGACGCUAUGAAGACAAUGAGUUUACAUUACGCGUUUACCCAGGGAAUAUAGCAGAAGGCACCAUUUAUUGCCCUGUUACUGCAAGGAAAAACACUAGUGCUGCAGAAGUUAUAGAAACCCUUAUUUAUAAAUUGCAGCUUGAAAAGACGAAAUGCUACGUCCUGGCAGAAGUAAAAGAAUUUGGUGGGGAGGAGUGGAUACUCAAUCCAUCAGACUGUCCUGUGCAGCGCAUGAUGCUUUGGCCACGCAGUGCCCUAGAAAAUCGAUUCAGCAGCGAGGACUAUCGCUUCUUACUUCGAGAAAAAAAUCUUGAUGGCUCAAUUCAUUAUAAUAAUCUACAGUCAUGGCUGAGAGUGACGGAGGAGCGAAGGAGGAUGAUGGAGCGGGGAUUUUUGCCCCAACCCCCGCAGAAGGACUAUAAUGAUUUGUGCAAUCUCCCGGACUUGAAUGAAAAAGCACUCCUGGACAACCUGCGCAACAGGUUUAAACAAGAGAAAAUCUACACGUAUGUGGGAACGAUUUUAAUUGCCAUAAACCCUUUCAAAUUUCUUCCUAUUUACAACCCCAAAUAUGUAAAAAUGUAUGAUAAUCACCAACUGGGAAAGCUGGAGCCCCAUAUAUAUGCAGUUGCUGAUGUGGCAUAUCAUGCCAUGCUGCAACGCAAAAAGAACCAAUGUAUAGUUAUUUCAGGUGAAAGUGGUUCAGGGAAGACACAAAGUACAAAUUUCCUGAUCCAUCAUCUUACAGCUCUGAGCCAGAAGGGUUUUGCCAGUGGAGUGGAACAAAUUAUUCUUGGAGCGGGUCCUGUACUGGAGGCUUUUGGGAAUGCAAAGACAGCUCAUAAUAACAACUCGAGCCGUUUUGGUAAAUUCAUUCAAGUGAACUACCAGGAGACUGGCACUGUACGAGGAGCUUAUGUUGAAAAGUACCUGCUGGAGAAGUCGCGGCUGGUCUACCAGGAGCAUAAUGAACGAAACUAUCAUGUAUUCUACUACUUGCUGGCAGGAGCCAAUGAAGAAGAGAAAAAAAGUUUUCACCUGCAGGAGCCUGAAGAAUACCAUUACUUGAAUCAGAUGACAAAGAAACCACUCAGACUGACUUGGGAUGAUUAUUACUAUGAUUCAGAACUGGACAGUUUUUCUGUUGAGGGCGAGGAUCUGAAACAUGACUUUGAGCGCUUACAACUAGCCAUGGAAAUGGUUGGAUUCCUGCCUAAGACACGCAAACGGAUAUUUUGUCUCCUGUCUGCAAUUUUACAACUUGGGAAUAUAAAGUACAAAAAGAAGACUUACCGAGAUGAUUCAGUCGACAUUUGCAACCCAGAAGUGUUGCCCAUUGUCUCGGAGCUUCUGGAGGUUAAAGAAGAUGCACUGUUUGAAGCACUGACUACCAGGAAGACUGUGACAGUUGGAGAGAGACUUAUUCUGCCCUAUAGACUAUCUGAGGCAAUAACUGUACGUGACUCCAUGGCUAAGUCCCUUUACGGUGCCCUAUUUGACUGGAUAGUAUUCCGAAUCAACCAUGCACUCCUUAACAAUCGUGACCUAGAAGAACACCAGAAGAUUCUUUCCAUUGGUGUACUUGAUAUUUUUGGCUUUGAGGACUAUGAGAACAACAGCUUUGAACAGUUCUGUAUCAACUUUGCUAAUGAGCGGCUUCAGUACUACUUCAAUCAGCACAUUUUCAAAAUGGAGCAGGAGGAGUACAGGUCAGAAGGUAUCAGUUGGCACAAUAUAGAUUAUACAGACAACAGUGGCUGCAUUAAUCUCAUCAGCAAGAAACCCACAGGCUUACUGCACCUAUUGGAUGAGGAGUGCAAUUUUCCACAGGCAACAAAUCAGACGCUGUUGGACAAAUUCAAGCGGCAGUAUGAAGGGAACAAUUAUAUCGAGUUCCCAGCGGUGAUGGAGCAAGCUUUUAUAGUAAAGCACUAUGCAGGGAAAGUCAAGUACCAAAUGAAGGAUUUUCGAGAAAAGAAUACUGACCACAUGCGUCCCGACAUUGUAGCACUCCUGAAAAGCAGUAAGAACGCUUUCAUCAGCAGCCUGAUUGGCAUUGACCCAGUAGCUGUCUUCCGCUGGUCAAUACUGAGGUCCUACUUCCGAGCAGCGGUGGCUUUCCGAGAGGCUGGGAAAUGCUAUGUUGAGAAGAAACCUGGGCAUGGUGAUGCUGUUCCAUUUCCGGUUUUGAAAACUGUCGAUAGUUUUAGCUUUCUGCAUCACCCAGUUCAUCAGAGGAGUUUAGAGAUUCUCCAGAGGUGCAAGGAGGAGAAGUACAGUAUUACGAGGAAAAGCCCCAGGACACCAUUAUCUAACUUGCAAGGGACAAACACCAUUAAUGAUAAAUCAACACGUGACCUGCAUGGAAUAAGCUGGAAUGGCAGGACAGGAGUCCAGGGUGCAAGGCUUCCCUCUAGUCAUUCUCUGAUUGAUGGGGAAGGGACUUAUUUGAAUUCUUCUAGCACAAAGCUAUUGGAGAGGGCUCAUGGUGUCCUGAUGAGGAAUAAGAACUCCAAAACCAAACUUGUUCUACCAAAGCACUUAUUAGAUGUGAAGUCGCUGAAGUACCUGAUGGGACUGACAUUUCAUGACCGUAUUACCAAGUCUUUGCUUCAUUUGCACAAAAAGAAAAAGCCACCCAGCAUUAGUGCCCAAUUCCAGGCUUCUCUAAAUAAACUGAUGGAGACUCUGGGACAGGCAGAGCCCUACUUUGUCAAAUGCAUUCGAUCAAAUGCAGAAAAGCUUCCUUUGCGCUUCAAUGAUCACCUGGUCCUGAGACAGCUAAGGUACACUGGCAUGUUGGAAACAGUGAGGAUACGACAAUCAGGCUAUAGUAUUAAAUACACUUUCCAGGAAUUUGUGGCUCAUUUCCAUGUACUUCUGCCACAAGGCACCAUCUCUUCUCAGUGCAAUAUCAGGAGAUUUAUGAGAAAUGCGAACCUUGAUGUAGCCACUUAUCAAGUAGGAAAAACAAUGAUAUUUAUGAAAGAGGUUGAGCGUCAAAAGCUGCAGGACAUGUUGCACAAGGAGGUCCUGAGACGAAUUGUUUUGCUUCAGAGCUGGUUCCGUGCCGUCCUUGAACAGCGACAGUUUCUCGAUAAGAAGCGGGCAGCAAUUAAAAUACAGAACUGUUGGCGACACUACAAAAUGAAAGAGCACCUAAUUUGCACAGAUCUCAGUGUCUUAAAUGCAGCAGCGACCAGUAUCCAGGCUGUGUGGAAAGGUUACCAACAGAGAAAAAUGCUUUUGCGAAUGCAUGAUGCAGCAAUUGUCAUCCAGAGGUGGUGGCGUGAUUACCACAGAUAUAGACUGGCAGCACUGUGCAUUCAGAAACACUGGCGACGAUACAAGGAGAUGCAAGCAUACAGAGCAUUCCGGGACAGCAUAAUAAAGAUUCAAGCUGCAAACAGAGGUUUUGUAGUACGACGCAGGUUUCAGGCAUUGAAAAGGCAGAAACUCAAAGAAAAGAAGAAACAACUGGAUAGUGAAAAGAUAGAGACCUUGAACAAACACAUCCCAGAUGAAAACCUUCCUGAAAUCAAUAAGCCUUUGCUGAGCAAGUUAGGAGAUAAUCUAGUUGAGACUUGCACUUCAAAAGAAAAUGACAGACAGCAAAUCCAUUCUGAAUGUAGUAAUAAUUCAGUAGAUUUGCAGGUUGGAACUUCUAACUUUUCUAAUAUUGCCAAUGUGCCACAGGGUGUGAUUGUCAGGGAGAGACCAAAGUCCUUUUCUGGAGAUCCAGACAAGCAGAAAGUGGUGCGUGCCAAAAGACAUAGUCGGAGAAUGCGAGAAUUGGAACAAGCCAAGUUUAGCCUUGAAUUGCUGAAGGUGCGAUCAGGCGGUGUGUCUCCCUCAGAGGAGGGACGCUGGUCCACUGAACUGGUAUCUGAUGGUGUGAAUUCCCUAUCUCCUCAGGGAACACCAGACAGCGAGAGCUCAAGAGGUAGUUUUGAAGUACCUAGCUGUGAAGAUGAACUGAAGAGAAAACAGUCUUUAACUGUUUCUGAUGAGCCAUUCUCUGAUUCCAGCCUGCAUACUGCUCAGGAUUAUCUGUCAACAAGUCCCAAACCAAAUAAUCUCAGUCUGUCCACUAAUCCAACGCUUCAUGGAACGAACCUGCUUUCCAGUCCUUACAUGAACACUAAUUAUCCUAGUGUUGACUCCAAAAUUCGAGAAACAGACAAUAAAGAGUUCCUUCAUCAAAGAUCAAAUUCUGAAGAUCGAUCUCCCAGUCCUAACUCAAGUGACAGUCAGUUUUCAAGUUCUAAAUUGGACUGUCGUCCAUCUACUCAAUUACAAAAUCAUGAUAAUAUGUCCAGUAGCUCAAAGCCAAAUGAGAUUAACUUUGCACAUUCUGACCACUUUACGAUUGAAGGCACUAUUGCUGUACCCAAAACAGAUGAAGAGGGUGAUCAGUCACUUGAUGGUGAAUCUUCAAAAGAUGAACAGCCUUGUUUAGCAGACGACAAUGCAGGCAUUAAUCCCUUUCCUCAAAUUGCAAUUCUGGAAAGACUUGAGCGGUUAAAUGUACAGCAGGCAGAGAGACAAAAGCAGAAACGGCAGCAGAAUGAGAAGGAAAUGAUGGAACAGAUAAGGCAGCAGACAGAAAUCCUGGAGAAGCAACGCAAAGUUUUUGAAAAACAAGAGAAGGACAUGUUUGAGAGGCAGCGAGGGGAAGCGCUGCAGAAAAUAGAACAAUGCAGACAGAAUGAUAUUGCUCCCGUUCCUUUCAGACCUCCAAGUGAACAAACGGGUAGACCUCAGACCUGUCUUGCUUUGCAGUCAGACAAAAAAUGGGAUUCAAAUAUCAAUUCAGAUUCUCAAUCAAUAUCAUCCAAUGAGUCUAAAAUAUUAAACACUGCAGAAGUUUUUGAUAAUUACAAUACCACAAGCUACCCUGGAAUAAAAGAUCGAUCUAUCAGUAUGUUUUUUGAUAAGAAGGAUCUGCAACCAAGUGGCCUACAGGAAAUCGAGAAGCUAGAUGGGUGGACACCAAAACUCAGUUUGGAGUUCCGUGAAUCUGGUACAGAGCAACCCCGACCACCCAAACAGACAGGACCAGGUGCUGCAAACACAGGGGAAGAUGACAGGACCAAUAUCUUGUUUUUUUUGCCCAAAGACAAGAACACACUAAGCAAGUUUAACAAAGAUUCUGUGAAUCUGGAAAAAUCUGAAAUUUCUAAAGAAGGACAAGCUUUCAGAGAAAAGAUGGUGACAACAUCACGAUUAAAAUUAACUGAUGUUGCAAGACCAGCGCACAAAAAGAAAGCCCGCAUGGCGCGGACCCGCUCUGAUUUCUUGACUAGAGGCUCUAACGCUGAAGGGGAGAGAGAGUCUGAGGAAGAGGAAUAUGUUGGCCCCUCCGCUGAGCCCCUUCCCUCCCCCGACCAACCUAGGCCUGAGCUGAGGCCCAAGGACAGUGCCAGACAGGCCUGUUACAGUGACUCAGAAAUGAUGCAGUCUACACGGAAUGAAGAUCAGAAGAAGCUGCACAAAGCACAGUCUCAAGAUGAAUUGGGCAAGUUGGACCCUGUUCAAGAGAGUUAUGUCCCAGAUGGCAGAGCUGUUUUGAAGGGUCGUAUGAGGUUCUGGGGAAACAGAAAACAAGGAGAAAAGAAGCUCCCAAGGGAGAAGCUAGCUACUCAGUCAGAGCUGCAGGAGCCCAGCAUGGGUCAGGAUGUCCAGGGGCCACUAUGGAGAAGAGAGCUCAAACCCAGUGAGGCUGUACUUAAUCUAACCACCACUGAAGGAAGGGACAGUCCUUUUAAAGGUCAGGAACUCAUAUCUCAUAAUCUGACCCCACCCAGGAGUCCUGAUUUAGGGCUAGAGCGAGGGAAAGAAUUUAAGGAGAAUAAAGAGCCAUCACCAAAAGUAAAGCGAAGGAGGAGUGUGAAAAUUAGCAACGUGGGCUUGGAGCCCAUACAGUGCCAGCACGACGAGUUACAGAUUAUUACCAGUGCCAAUGAUUUCAAGUGUAUGAAUGAAUUCCUGCAGAAGAAGAUCACUGACCUGGACACUGAUGACUGCAAGAAGGAUACAUUUGUGGAUGUUGUUUUUAAGAAAUCCCUUAAAGAGUUCCGUUUAAAUAUAUUCAACUCUUAUUCAGCAGCUUUAGCGAUGGAUAAUGGGAAGAGCAUUCGGUACAAAGAUUUGUAUGCGCUAUUUGAGCAGAUUCUGGAGAAAACGAUGAGACAGGAGCAACGUGAUUGGAAUGAGUCUCCGGUCAAAGUGUGGGUCAACACCUUUAAGGUGUUCCUAGAUGAGUUUAUGAUGGAAUACAAAAUUCUGGAGAAUAACACUGGAAAGGCGCAAAAAGUUGAAAGGAAGAAGAGACGGAAGAAAGAAACUGACAUUGUGGAGGAGUACAAUGGUCAUAUUUUCAAAUCUACACAGUACAGUAUUCCCACCUACUGUGAAUGCUGUUCCUCUCUUAUCUGGAUGAUGGACAGAGCCUGCGUCUGCAAGUUAUGUAGGUAUGCUUGCCAUAGAAAGUGCUGCUUGAAAACUACAAUCAAAUGCUCCAAAAAGUAUGACCCCGAGUUAUCAUCUCGGCAGUUCGGAGUGGAGGUCUCCAGACUUACCAAUGAUGAGCGGUCAGUUCCAUUGGUGGUGGAGAAACUGAUCAACUACAUUGAAAUGCAUGGCUUGUAUACUGAAGGAAUCUAUAGGAAGUCUGGAUCAACCAAUAAAAUCAAGGAGCUCAAACAGGGCCUGGACACAGAUAUUAACAGCAUGAAUCUGGAUGAGUAUAACAUUCAUGUCAUUGCCAGUGUUUUCAAACAAUGGUUGAGGGACCUCCCCAAUCCUUUGAUGACGUUUGAACUCUAUGAUGAGGUUCUGCGAGCAAUGGGUCUCCCAGAUAAAAAGGAAAUAAUUAGAGGUGUGUAUUCCAUAAUCGAUCAGUUGUCUCGAACUCACAUCAGCACACUUGAACGGCUCAUCUUUCAUCUUGUAAGAAUUGCACUACAAGAAGAAACCAACCGGAUGUCUUCAAAUGCACUGGCUAUUGUCUUUGCACCAUGUAUUCUUCGAUGUCCGGACACCACUGACCCAUUACAAAGCGUACAAGAUAUUUCAAAAACCACUGCGUGUGUGGAAUUGAUAAUUGUGGAGCAAAUGAACAAGUACCGAGCAAGGCUGAAGGACAUCAACAGCCUGGAGUUUGCAGAGAACAAAGCCAAGAACAGACUGUCACUCAUCCAUCGCUCAAUAGGUAAAGGUCGCCUUCGCCGCUCAAAUUACAGUAGCCCUGGCUCUCCAAUUGGAAUGCGACUGCCAUCAGUUGCAGAUGUUCCUGAAGAAACGGCAAGUGCUGAUGAGUCACCUGACAUGGACUUGACUGAGCAACAGCAGGCAGCCAUGCAGCAGGAGGAGAGGGCGCUAACUGAGCAGAUAGAGACUCUGCAAAAAGAAAAGGAGGAGCUGACUUUUGAAAUGCUUGCUCUGGAGCCACGCGCCUCUGAUGAUGAAACCCUUGAAUCAGAAGCAUCAAUUGGAACAGCAGACAGCUUUGAAAAUCUAAGCAUGGAUUCUGAGGGAGCAGUAUCAGAAUGUUCUGAAAAAAAAUUAGUGAGCUCCAUCACCCCACACCGACCUGAAGCAGUGAACAGGCUGAGGAGGCCGCUAAGGAAGAAAGCAGACUCUUUGGAAUCGGUUGAUUUAGUUGUUCAUUCGUCACCUACCAUGUCGUCGUCGUCGUCAUCAUCUGGUUUACCUCAAGGAGGAAGACGAUUUCGUUUUCGUUCAAAAUCACCGUCCCCACACACUUUAUACCACACCCACAAUAUUGCCAACAGCCCUGAGCAAAGAGCAGAUGGAGAUGGGGCAUACAGCCAGUUGAAAGUUCAAGAAGAGAGGCCACAGUUUACAAGUAGAGGCACCUUCAAUCCAGAAAAGGGCAAACAAAAACUAAAGAUGCUGAAGCGCUCAGCCCAGAAGCCCAAAGAUCCAACUGAUGGGACCUCGAGCAUCGGGAAAAAGCGUAGUGCUGAACCUGACUUCAGUGCUCACCAGCAGGUGGUGGUAUUUGGGAACAAUGAGUUCAUGGUGUGAGGCCAACGAUUUUCCAAGGUUUCUGAACUAAUUGGGUAGUGGUCUUCCUUCCGUCCCUACACAUCAUGUUCCUCUUGGUUGCUGCUAUCUAAGUACACCACAUGCAAUACGUCCAGUUCACAUAGAUGGCAUCACUGCCUCAAGGAAUAACAAAGAGAAGUGAUUUCUAUUGAUUUUUAAAAAACCUAUCGGAAGGUUUGUACUGUGGCCUUAACCAUUGAACAAUUGAAAAAUCUCUGCACGACCUACUGGUAUGCCAAGAAAUAUCCGAGCUGUAUUUCAACAGCUGUUGGUCGCUGUUCUCAAGAGUAGAGAAGAGCAUCUGCACUCCAAAGGGUUAUGAGAGUGAGGCCAUAUUUGAAGAAGCACUUGCUUUCAAGAAAUCAAUCUUCCAGAAAAGAAGGGACUGCUGAGUCUACUCAUUCCAAAAGACUUAAGGAAAUAAGUGGAUCUUAAGUUUUAUCCCAUUGCCACACUCCAUUGAUGCUUGUAGAUAAAGAUCAAGUGAGCUUAUUUGAGAAAUCGCAGAAAGGCUAGAUGCUUACAAUCAGACUCAACAGCACUUCUCACUACCUUAGAGGCACUGCUGUCAGACCAAGGAUUUUUAAAUGUUUUAGGAACAGCCAGUGGCCACUGGGAAAUCUAAGCCAAAAUGUCUUUGUACAAAAAUGCAUUAACCACGCAUACUAUGUCUGACAUUUUACAGGGUUUCAGGAACCACUUUACCAAUUAAGUUAAUGCUGCUCCUACCUGGGUGUGUAAAUUUAGAAAGCCUGUUAAAAGGGGACCAACCCAACUAAACAGCUUGCAAAACCAACAUCUGUCCAAGCAGCAUCGGGCAUGAGCAAAAGUACAGUUACAUUACCACUUGUCAACUGUGAUGCAUGAUAGUAUAGCUAAGUCAAACCCAUGCUUGGUCCUUAUAAAUUUAGCCCAGAAGAAAAUCUUUUAUUGAAUUGUCAGUAUUAAAAGCAAAGAUGACUUGAAGAAUUUUUAGUCUGGUUUCUAAAGCUCACUGUUAAAUGUUUUGUUUUUAAGGUUUAUAUUUUAUUUGAUUUUUCUUCUCUAAAAAUGUUACUUCCAUGAUGUAAGAUUGUAGCUUCCUGUCCAAAGGGGAUAUAUGUGGAGUAGGUUAGGAACAAAACUGAAUGUAACAAUCACUGGAACGGGCAUGCUGGACUUCUCGUAAUCUAUAGUAUGCACAUGACUGUAUAUUUCAAGGAAUCUAUUUGUAAAGGAUAUAUUAUCCUGUGUCAUACUCUAUAAUAAGUACUGAUAUAAACUGUUCAGCAAACACAGCCCAAAUUGAGGUUUCUGUACAGUUUCAACUCUGUAUUUUGACGUUAGCCAUUGGAGUGGCCAACUUAUGUAUAAAAUGCAAUUUGUGUGUAUUAUUUCUUAAGUGUACCUGUAUGAUUGUACAAACAAGUUUAUGAACAAAUACCCUCACAGCUUAUUAAAUAACAAGAGCUGUAAAACUCACUGCUUGACUUUCUUCUUGUGCACCGAAGAGGAACCUGAAAGUGCUAUUGGCAAAAUCUGUGUGUCAAGUAAUAUUGAAUGCAUUGUCACAUUUUUUAAAAAAAAAGAAGCCUUCAUGCUGUGAACAUGGAGAUAGGUCGAUAAUGCUUGACUUCAUGUGAUUUCUAUGUGCAUAUGUUUGUGUACGUCUUAAUUUUUCCUUAUCCCAAAUCUACUUCUGAACAGCCGUACGUUGCUGGAAAUGCUAGCCCAGCUAACUCAUUCUACUAGCAGCCAAAACCACCUGAUUCAAUCAGAAACAGUAGUUACAUUUUCAACUUUGCCUGCUUCAAGCUUUCUCUCUGCUGUCACCUAAUUGCUUCACUGCAGCUGGGAAGUUGGAGUUUCUUUUUGUGGUUCUUGCUUAUUCAGCUGACAUGCUUUGUGAGGUAAGAGCACUUUGAAAUCCCCCUCUUUUAUUAAUUUCUCUCUAUUAAGGAGUGAUUUGGCCAUGGAAAAUUGUGUUUUUUUCAAGAGUACUCUAAUAGAAAUAUUCAUUGAUACUGGUAACCUGCAGUGAGAUCUGUAGGGUACUAGCGUUCAUACAGGAUAACUGCAGCAGGAGAGCAAUAGCAGUUGGAGAUGGGGAAUACAUUCCCAUUUUGAUGAGCAGAAGCACUUCUGCCAGCUACUGGAAACUUUAGCUUACCAAAUUGAGCUAGAUCAUUCUGCAGUUCCUGAUGGCUGUGAUUUUUUCUGUGCCUCCACCACUCCACACCCCAGCAUCCCAAGAGAAAACUAAUUUGGAACUACCAUGAUCUGUUUAAUAUGUCUAUAUUUAUUUAUAAACUCCUGGAUUAUUUGGGUUGGAGCAUUGUCAAUGCUCCUUUAGUAAGUUAUUGCUUAAUCCCAUCAUGUAUCUUUUCUCAGUUGUAUGGAGUUCCUAGAUUCGUGGAAUUUCAAGGAAUUGCUCAGAUUUGUGCUAAUACUCGAUGUGUUCGGUCACAGAUUCUUCUAAUUUCUAGUUUUUCUCCUCCAAUUUCUGUCCUGUAGGUGGCAGUGCACACUGAGAUAUGGGUGCACAGGCGCUGGAUGCCACUAGUAUGCUACCCAAGGGACCAUUUUUCAUUUGUAAACCAAGAAAAUGGUUGUAAGACAGCUGCAUUUGAUGCUCCCCUGCCUAAUAUCCAACAUUCAUGCACUUUCUUGCAAAAAUGACAGGAUGUAGAUCAGGGAUCCUUGGAUCUCUAGCUUCACUUCUCUGGCCCAAGGUUGCACUCCAAAUACUAUGCCCCAGUGGUUAGAUCUGUUGAUGUGUGGAGACUAGCACUUGUGUGCACACACAAUGUUUUGGCUUAAUAUUUGUUUGAAAACUAAGUGCAAAAUAACAGUUUUGGGAAAAUGUGGGUUGGACAGUGUUAAGUAACAGUGGAGAACGUGAGGCAGUUGUAAGACUCUGAGGACCCAGUGGGAUAACAUUGCAAAUCACAGGAGUGCAAGAGCUUUGCUUGAGCCUUGAAUUGUCUCCACUUUGUACUUGAUGUGAUAAGGACACCAAGCUGAGAAAGUUUCUUCACUUUCUGUAUCUGCUAUAUUGAAAGAUGUCAAUGAAAGUGCAAUGUAAGUAAAUGCAUUAUGUUGGCCUCCAGGGGCUGGUAUAAAGGGAUUACAGGGUUGGUGUUGGGAAUACAUUGCUGAAUUACUGUGUAUCUUGUAUGCUAAUUUAAUAAUUUGCCAUGAUCUAAUAAAGUACCUUUCUGUCUUUUUA